CUACGAACGGCAGAUGUAACGAAGCCUUGACGAUGUCGGUAGCCCUGUUCCUCUGCUGGCUGGUGUCCGGGAGUGCGGCCGUCGUACAGCUACCCAACACAGCCGGCAUCGACGGCGAACUCACCGCCAAGCUAGGAGUUGACCGCUUCUUCUCGUUGUGGAUCGUCUUCAACAACGACGAUGUCAUCAUGUCCGAUAAACAAUUCACAAUUUUGGCUCCACGCAACAAUGCAUCCCUGCAAAUAUCUACAGACCGCCUCCGCUCUCAUCCGGAUUCAAUAAAAAGGUUACUCCUGGAUCAUGUGGUACUGGGACAAAGAUUGGACCUUGGAAUUGGAGCAGAUCUCAGAGUGACAACGCUUGGAGGCAGAACCCUCAAUAUUAAAUAUAAACAGGGCAGCUUGGUAGCUAAUGGUGCUAAAGUACAAGAAGAUAAAGUAGACGUGGAGAAUGGGAGAUUGAUCAUCUUGGAUAACUAUCUGUUUCCCGAGGAUAUGACUGGAGACCAUAGCUUCUUACAAGACAUGUAUGAGGUCUUGUCUUACCUUCAAUCAGGAGUAAGGGUCUUUCAACAUCUUCUUGGAAGAACCAAUGUGACCAAACUUUUGAAACAAGAUGAUGAUUAUACUGUUCUUGUCCCAACUGAUCAUGCUUUCCAACGAUGGCAUCCUAUUGAUUGGGGUUUUUAUCCAUUUUCUGUUCCUGAGUUUACUGAUAGCAUCCUCACAAACCAUUUUAUCUAUGGUAAUGUUAGACAAGAAAACAUGGGUACAACUCCAAUUGUAGUAAAGACACUGGGGAACAGAGAGAUCACCUUUCAAAAAACAGCAGCUGGUACUGUUUAUGCCAAUGGUGUUGAAGUAGUUGGUGGAGAUACACCGUUAUCCAGAGGAAACAUCAUGCUUGUAACAGAGGUACUAUUUGUGGAUGAAGGAGUUGUCCACAAAUUACAUGAAGGACACAGGGACAAAGAAACACCGCCUCUUCUUGCUUUUCCCUGGUUUGGAGCACAGUUCUUGUCACAUGCUUUCCUUUUACUCGAAUCUGACAGAAGGUUUACUCAUAUCACAAGAUUUCUUAAUGUAGCUGAUUUGGUGCCUCAUAUUCCUGGCCAAGGCUACACAUUUUUCGUUCCAAUGGAUUCAGCAUUUAAAUCUCUUAACUUAGAAUCUGCUCCAGAUAACCUUCUCUCAAGCAAAGAGGGUUUGGAAAUCCUAUUGAGUCACUUUGUGAAAGGAAGACUUUAUGAUAAAGAUAUCAAAAACAAUUCUACAUUUACUUCUCUUUCUGGUAGAACACUUCAUAUCUACAGAAAACCUGGAACGAAUGGUACGAUCGAAGAGGCAAAUAUUGUAGAAAAAGAAAUUUUUGUUUACAAUCUUGGAACUAUGUUUUAUAUCGACAAAGUAAUUUUUGGUUCUGAAAUAACUAUACCACCAGAAGGUACCUUUCCUACAACAACAGUAGAAUCUGAGCUGAAUGGAGAAUCAGGCACCUUUCCCGAUAUAUUGUUAGAGGAUAAUACAUCAACUACGCAAGCACAAGAAACAACAUAUAUGCCAACAACUACAAUGUUACCAGAGACAACACCAGUUUGAAAAUUUUAAAUUUUGUUUAAAAAAUUACAUGUAGGAAUACAAAUAUUGUUUUCUCAUAAUCAAUAUGAUUUCCUUUUGUAAACUAAAAGGUUUUAAUAGUUCUUUGUUUUUGCUACGAAACAAGUAAAAUCAAAGAACUUCAUAUUUUUUUAAUUAGACUAAUUUAAUUGGGUUAAAUGUAUAUUUAGAUUGUGAAUCAUAAUAUGUAUUAAUUUAAACAAAACAAAAAAAGACAUUUUGUUUUAAUUUGUCUGAAUAGUAAAGUUAAAUUUUAUAUACAUAUUUUUUGUCAAUGUGGAUUGACAAAAUAUUUUAAGUGCAUAAAUUAUUGUUGUGGAUUAAAAUAAGUUUUGAAAAUUUGGCCUUAAAAUUGGCAAAUGCCACUACAAUUCGGCAAAUAAGUCCACAACUAAGAUAUUUACUUAGAUGGCUGUGUGGUGCUGUACCUGGUGUGGGUACCAUGUAUGUUAAAUAAAUGGAUAAAGUCAUGUUAGGAUUAAAACGAAUCAAGCUCUACACAUGGGGUUCAAACAAAUAUUUUGUUUCAUAAUUAAUAUUUAUACCAGAACCUUGAGUGGAGUAUUCAAUUCAAAUUUAUAAAUCAAAUUUUUAAAGAUUAUGUGUAAAUAUUUUGUUAGUUUUUAAGAAAGAAUAUUGUAAAUACAAUUAUAACUUAUUUUAUUUAUAAGAAGUGAGUGCUAUAUGAGAAUGAGGACAUGUUUUAUAAAAUUGAUUUAAAUUUA